UUGGUACUGACCGACGAUAUCCGGUGGCAGUGGUGGCGCGUUUGGCGGGCGGUGUGCGAACAUAAUGUGCGUUGCGUGCGCACCGCCGUCCAGCGCCACGCUGUGCAGCGUGUCGAAGUACGAGUCCACGUAGUAGAGGCGACGCGCCGGCGCAAGCAGCGCCAUGGCGCCCGGCCGCCGCACGCGCCGUCGCAGCAGCGCGCGCACCCGCGACCCGUCCAGCGCACCGGCCAGCAGCGCCGGCUCCGCGCCGCGCUCCGACCACACCACCUCUCUGCAUCAACACACACACCGCUUGUUACAUCUCACACGUACACACACCGCUCGUUACGUCCAGCGAACCGGGCAGCAGCGCCGUCUCCGCGCCUCGCUCCGACCACACCACCUCUCUGCAUCAACACACACACCGCUUGUUACAUCUCACACGUACACACACCACUCGUUACGUCCAGCGCACCGGCCAGCAACGCCGGCUCCGCGCCGCGCUCCGACCACACCACCUCUCUGCAUCCACACAUAUACCGCUCGUUAUGUCCAGUGCACCAGCCAGCAGUGCCAGCUCCGCACCGCGCUCCGACCACACCACCUCUCUGCAUCCACACAUACACCGCUCGUUACGUCCAGCGCACCAGCCAGCAGUGCCAGUUCCGCGCCGCGCUCCGACUACACCACCUCUCUGCAUCCACACAUACACCGCUCGUUACGUCCAGCGCACCAGGCAGCAGUGCCAGCUCCGCGUCGCGCUCCAACCACACCACCUCUCUGCAUUCACACAUAUACCGCUCGUUACGUCCAGCGCACCAGCCAGCAGUGCCAGCUCCGCGCCGCGCUCCGACCACACCACCUCUCUGCAUCCACACAUACACCGCUUGUUACAUCUCACACGUACACACACCGCUCGUUACGUCCAGCGUACCCGCCAGCAGCGCCGGCUCCGAGCCGCGCUCCGAUCACACCACCUCUCUGCAUCCACACAUACACCGCUCGUUACGUCCAGCGCACCAGCCAGCAGUGCCAGCUCCACGCCGCGCUCCGACCACACCACCUCUCUGCAUCCACACCAUACACCGCUCGUUACGUCCAGCGCACCAGCCAGCAGUGCCAGCUCCGCGCCGCGCUCCGACCACACCACCUCUCUGCAUCAACACACACACCGCUUGUUACAUCUCACACGUACACACACCGCUCGUUAAGUCCAGCGCACCGGCCAGCAGCGCCGGCUCCGUGCCACGCUCCGAAUACACCACCUCUCUGCAUCAACACACACACCGCUUGUUACAUCUCACACGUACACACACCGCUCGUUACGUCCAGCGCACCGGCCAGCAGCGCCGGCUCCGCACCGCACUCCGACCACACCACCUCUCUGCAUCCACACAUAUACCGCUCGUUACGUCCAGCGCACCGGCCCGCAGUGCCAGCUCCGCGCCGCGCUCUAACCACCUCUGCAUCCACACAUACACCGCCGUACGUGCGCCCGCCAGCAGUGCCAGCUCCGCGCCGCGCCCGACCACACCACCUCUCUGCAUCCCCACAUACACCGCUCGUUACGUCCAGCGCACCAGCCAGCAGUGCCAGCUCCGCGCCGCGCUCCGACCACACCACCUCUCUGCAUCCACACAUACACCGCUCGUUACGUCCAGCGCACCAGCCAGCAGUGCCGGCUCCGCGCCGCGCUCCGACCACACCACCUCUCUGCAUCCACACAUACACCGCUCGUUACGUCCAGCGCACCAGCUAGAAGUGCAACACGCUUUGCACAAAAAAUAA